AUGAUUCCAACACUGCUGUCGGGACCUGCACCAAGCGGUACCAAAAGAACGCCGAAUGGAAAAGUGGAUCCGUGCACGUUGGACAAGGAACCCGGCGUCGGUUCGGUCCAGCUAGUUCGUUUCUAUUUCAACAGACAGCUCAAACUUUGCGAAGAGUUCGUCUACUUCGGUGCCGGUGGCAAUCGCAACAACUUCCUCACCGUGGAAGAAUGCCAAGCGCAGUGUCCAGAAUCGCCAAAUCCUUGUGCAGUAACCGUGAGCAUACCGGGAGGACAGUGUACUCCCGGUGUGACCUCCUGUGGAGGUGGCAGCUUCUGCCACGUUGGCGCCACAGCACAAACCACCACCUGCUGCCCAAAACCAGCUCCUAUUGAUCGAUGUCAACAGCCUUUGAAUGUCGGCAUUGGAAAUGCUAAUUUGCAACGAUGGUACUUCAAUCCACUCACUCAGCAAUGUCAACAAUGCGUCUAUCGUGGUCUACAGGGCAAUGAGAACAACUUCCUGACCAAGCAGGAAUGCGAAAACUCAUGUCUCGUGAACGCGUGCAAAAUCGGAUCACCAUACCGUUCACAGGGAGUGAUCGUUCAGUGCUCUGCCACAAACCCUACCGUAUGUCCGGCUGGCCAUUACUGCCAUGUCGGAGCAGACACAACAACUUCUGUUUGCUGUCAAGCCAUUGGUUAG